UCUGGGCUUUGCCCUUUUAUAAGGGUGUUAUUUAAAUAAGGCAUGAAAAAGCACACUUUUGAUUGAGUGAUAUUUCGGUGACGUCAACUGGAGUUUGUCCAAUUGAAAUACAGAUCGACACCAACGCUUCUCAUUGGUCUAAAUGAAAGGCAGAAGUCAGCCAAUCGCACGGGUUCUUUUUCGCGCCCAGAGAAGACUAUAAGGCCCAAGCUCUGGCAGUCCUGGUCCAUCCAGUUGCUAACGGCUACUGAGACUUCACCAUGUCUGGACGCGGCAAGCAGGGCGGCAAGGCUCGCGCCAAGGCCAAGACCCGCUCGUCCCGGGCCGGCCUGCAGUUCCCCGUGGGCCGCGUGCACCGGCUGCUCCGCAAGGGCAACUACUCGGAGCGGGUGGGCGCCGGCGCCCCGGUCUACCUGGCGGCCGUGCUGGAGUACCUGACGGCCGAGAUCCUGGAGCUGGCUGGCAACGCGGCCCGCGACAACAAGAAGACGCGCAUCAUCCCGCGCCACCUGCAGCUGGCCAUCCGCAACGACGAGGAGCUCAACAAGCUGCUGGGCCGCGUCACCAUCGCGCAGGGCGGCGUCCUGCCCAACAUCCAGGCGGUGCUGCUGCCCAAGAAGACCGAGAGCCACCACAAGGCCAAGGGAAAAUAAGUCACUGAAAACAAAUAGCUAAGCCAAAGGCUCUUUUCAGGGCCACCUACAUUUCCUAACAGAGACGUAGCAUUUACCUCUGUCAAUCGGAUGGAACAUAACAACGCCAAAACAAAACACCCGUUGUGCUCUCUUUUAUGAGUGCAUGGUCAUGUCCACGUCCGCCAGCGGGGCCACUUUCCCCCUGCUGGGCUGUGAGGCCACCCCCCGUCCCGUGUGAAGUGUAUGCCUGGACUCGGAGAGCCACUCCAGGCAGUGGUGGCUUAUGCCCCUGUAAUCCCCGCCCGUGGGAGGCAGAGGCAGGUGGAGCUCUGCGUUGGGGGCCAGCCUGGGCUACAGAGCGAGAUCCAGAACAGCCAGAAAGAGAGAAGCCCUGGCUUG